AUGGGGAGUGUUGUCUUCCUGUACCUGUCUGCCUUACACAUUAUUUCAACAGUUGAUGGCGAUUCUUCCGUGAAAGUGACUCAAAUCCCCGACCAUGUGGCUGCCAUCAGAGGAACAAAUGUUACCUUCCGCUGUAUCUUCCCCUUCUCUCAAGACGGUUCAGAAGUGGAGGUGCAGUGGAAUAAGAAGGGUGAGAGUGGCUAUUUGGAUACAAAGGAGGAUAACAGGAAACUAUUUGGUGUAAAAACUAAAGGAAGCAGCUUCUUCCAGUUCUUGAAUGUGAUUUCACAGGACUCUGGAGUCUAUCGCUGUGUAGUGGUCCGUCAGGGAUCAAUAAUCGGAACAGGAUCUGGAUCGCGAUUAACUGUGUGCGACAGUAAAAAUGUAAUCCGAUAUUUAUUGUGGGCUGGAUGUGCAGCGGGUGGUUUCGCAUUUCUGGCGCUUGUGAUCAUUAUUGGGAAGCGAUGCCAAUUAAAAAAGAAAAACGGAUCAAAGGGAAACCUGACUCAAUUGGGCAAACUUGAAGAUCAGGCGGGGGAGGCAGCAGCGGGUGACAACGUGGCUUAUGUAACAUUGGAUUUGAGAAGUUCCAAUAAAACUCCAAGAAAUAAACAUCAGGAAGACAGGACAGUAUACGCCCAGACCAAGCGAGGAGCAGCCGCUAACAAGCUGACAUACGCUGCUCUGGAUUUGCCUCGCUCCAAAAAUACAGGAAAAGCUAAACACAGCGACAAGAAUUCAGAGUAUUCCGAGGUAAAGAUCAGAAACUACGAAGAUGGCACUUUCAUGGAGUCAGGAACCGCAUAAUGUCACAAUAAUAGACAAUUAUUGAUGCAGAUUCCUCACAGUUCCCUUCUAAUGUAGACUAGUUACAGUGUGUACAUCAAUGUGGUGUGUUAUUGUGUCACUGCUCUGACACUGCAGGAAGACAUAAUGUUUGAUUAGUUUGUAUUACCUAUCAUUUAUCAAGUCAAUGCAAUUUCAACUUCAAAUUUUUUUAAUACUAAUCUGAUAAUGUCUCUGCGCUAUAAACUAUAAUAAUUUAUAAAAUCUAAGAAGCUAUUAUA